AAUAUCCUCACAAACUUUUUCUUCUUUAAUAAUUUGGAUUAAAAACUUGAACAGCAACCCAACUAUAAUGGAUUCAGAUUUCUCUCCUGGUUACGGGUCGGGUACUGUAUCCGAUUUCGGGUUCGCUUUUAACGACAGUAAUUUCUCUGAUCGGAUUUUGAUGGUUGAGAUUGUUCCUGAUUCUAAAUCCAACGGUGAGGGAUGUUGUUGUAGUAGCAGUGUUAAAUGUGUCAUUGAUUGGGCUCGGAAAUGCAAACACAGGAGAGAAGAAAUCAAGAAAGAAAAUGUGGAUGCUCAUAUCAUAAACCUCUCAGAUGUGGACGUGCUCACGCAACGUGAGGAGGAGGUUUUGAAUUGUAGUAUGCUGGACACAGAAGAUGUUCUUGCUUAUGAGAACCAAGAUGAGGAAGUUGUUGCAAUGGCUGAGGAACCUCCAUCCGGCAUUGAGACGACUAUAGAUCACCCGGGUGACGGUGAAGCUUCUAAGAGCACUGACUCGUCAACAAACAUGGACUCUUCAACUGCGCUUCGACUUAGAACUAUACACAUCAGUUCUCCUAUUUUGGCCGCAAAGAGUCCAUUCUUUUAUAAGCUAUUCUCCAAUGGCAUGAAGGAAUCAGUGCAGCGGCUUGUUACUGUACAAAUCCAUGCCUCGGAAGAAGCUGCCUUCAUGGACUUACUAUAUUUCAUGUAUUGCAAUACUUUACCUACGAUAACGCCUACUGCAUUGCUUGAUGUGCUUAUGGCUGCUGACAAAUUUGAGGUUGCAUCAUGCAUGAGACACUGCAGCCGUUUACUGCGCAAUCUUCCCAUGACAUGUGAAUCAGCUUUGCUCUAUUUGGAUCUUCCUUCUAGUGUCUUAAUUGCUGAUGCAGUUCUGCCACUGACAGAUGCUGCAAAAGAGUUUCUUGCUGCACGUUUCAAGGAUAUAACCAAGUUCCAAGAAGAGGUAUUGAACUUGCCUCUUGCAGGAAUUGAGGCUGUCCUCUCCAAUGACAAUCUUCAGGUUGCUUCGGAGGAUGCUGUCUAUGACUUUCUGUUGAAGUGGGCUCGUAUCCAUUACCCAAACUUGGAGGAACGACGUGAAAUAUUGAGCUCACAUCUUUGUCGCCUCAUUCGUUUUCCACACAUGACAUGCAGGAAGCUGAAAAAAUUUCUAACUUGCAAUGAUUUUGAUCCUGAACUAGCUUCCAAGGUUGUCAUGGAUGCUUUAUUUUUCAAAGCUGAAGCACCAUACCGGCAGCGUUCGCUUGCUGCUGAGGAGGGCAAUGCCUCACACCAUCUUUUUGUGGAGCGUGCAUACAAGUAUAGACCAGUUAAAGUUGUUGAGUUUGAAAUGCCUCGUCAGCAGUGUAUCGUUUACCUAGAUUUAAAACGGGAAGAGUGCAAUAAUCUCUUUCCUACUGGUAGAGUUUACUCGCAGGCUUUCCAUUUGGGUGGACAGGGUUUUUUCCUAUCAGCUCAUUGUAACAUGGAUCAACAGAGUUCAUUCCAUUGCUUUGGGUUGUUCUUAGGCAUGCAAGAGAAAGGGUCAGUGUCAUUUGCGGUGGACUAUGAGUUUGCCGCUCGGACAAAGCCAACCGAGGAAUAUGCGAGCAAGUAUAAGGGGAACUACACAUUCACCGGUGGCAAGGCCGUUGGCUACAGGAACUUGCUUGGCAUGCCUUGGACUGCGUUUAUGGCUGAAGGUAGUUUAUACUUCAUCAAUGGAAUUCUCCAUCUUCGAGCUGAGCUUACUCUCCGACACUGAAUGCUUAGGUACUAACAGAAAGCCAUUGCUGCUAGGAGGGUCUGGAGAAGAUGAGGAAUGCUAACUGUAAGAUGUUGUCCAGGCAAGGUCUGUUAAAAGGUUUAAAUUGUAUAUACAGGUUAAAGUCCAGUGCCUAUGUAGAAACGGUUAAAAGGUUUAAAUUGUAGUUACAGGUUAAUUUAAGUUCAGUGGCUAUGUAGAAAUUGUCGUAUGGGCUUGUAUGUACUGCUGUAUGUUACUGAAACUAACAGAAUCAGUAGCUCAUCUGUUGAUAUUGCACUUGACUUGUAACUUGCCGGUCCACUUUGAGCUGCGUAAUUUAAGUCUCUCAGCAAAU